AGAAAAUUACCAAUCGAAGAAAAAUCAGCGUUUAGAGCCAAAAUGGCGCUGCCACAUGUGGGGCUCUACCUGUCGUUGUUUAUAUACCUGAUCGUCGGAGCUGUGCUCUUCUACUGGCUGGAACACGAAGCGGAUGAGAAGAUCCAGAGCUCGAAACUCGACCGAAUCAAGCAUACAACCACCGGCUAUUCGUACGCCGUGCCCGUCACUCCUUUCGGACAGUUCCUGGCCAUCGUGUAUGGAGUGCUGGGAAUUCCGUUAAUGGUGCUAGCGGCGGUGGACAUUGGAAGAUUCCUCUCGCAUAUCGUGCUAGAGCUGUACGCCAAAGUGCUCGGAUGCAUGGCGCAUCCCUCAAGGAUUGAUCAACGCCGAGUUUUAUAUCUAAGGAGAUCUACCUCUGUGGAAGUAGAAGAGAAAGGAAGUCAGGAUGAAGAAGAUCAGGCGGAUACGGAAAAGGUGAAGCAACCGGUGGCGAAACGGCUCCCACUCAGCAUCAACGCGGGCAUCCUGCUCGUGUUCUGCAUGAUGGGUGCUGUGACGUACAUCGCAGCAGGAGGUAAAGCGACGUUUCUCGAAGCGUUCUUCGUCACCUUUAACCUAGUGGCGAACCUAACGAUGAGUGAAAUGCCCAGCGACCUGAGUCAGCUGCUAACGCUCAUCUACAUCUUCGUCUUCGUAACGUUCGGUGUCGCCGUUCUGUCGAUGUGCGCAGAGUUGGCGGCACUUGAGCUGAAAGAUAUCUUCUUGAAAAUUCACUAUUUCGGCCGAAAGAUCAAGUUUAAAAGACGCCACAAGAAGGAGCAAAUUGAGGUUGAAGUGAAGGAGUUGUUGAAAAUUAUCGAAGAAAUACGACGCCGUUAUCCUGAUAAAGAGCGUAUCACUUCCCUCGACAUUUUAAUGUAUAUGAAAGAAGCGACAAACGAACGAACGGUACUGACGGAGCGUCGUGAUACGAUCGCCUUCAUGCCGCAAACAAUGGAAAUUCUGAAAUUCGCUGACGAAAUGGACCUCGAGGACCGCAGUGCCAGCCGUAUGGAGGAGGCUCCGCUCAUCGACGAAGCAACCAACAAGUCUCCUCUCGACUUCUACCUUCGUUUUAAUACAGCGCUACCUUUAUGCGUCCGUCUUGCAACGACGUACAAUUUCUCGAUAACCAGUUUACCGGCAAGGGAUCAGAAAUACUUCAAUUAUAGGUUUUGA